ACUUCAUCACCUGGACUGGUUUUACUCCUUGUUAGCACUAGUGAAACCAGCAGAAAUGAGUGUGACAUCUGUUACGAAUAAACACUAAAAAUAGCAGACCACCAAAUGAAAUAUUCUGUAAAAUCAGCAAGCCGCCUAGAUAAUAUGCAGACGUCUACAACACCGCUGGAGGAAGAACAGAGCGUUUUCACCUGUACCACUGAUGAACAUGGAGACAGACAAACUGGAGAGAUCUCUCUUCCUCUUUCCAGAAAGCUGUGUUACGCAGUAGGUGCUGCGCCGUAUCAGAUGACCAACAUUGCUAUAGGCUUUUCUCUACAGAUCUUUCUGCUGGAUGUAGUCCAGAUGGAGGCAUUUUCCGUGUCUUUAAUUCUGUUUAUCAGUCACGUCUGGGACGCCGUGACUGACCCACUCAUAGGCUAUCUAGUGAGCAGGAGUAAAUGGACCCAAAUCGGCAAGCUCAUGCCAUGGGCAGUGCUGUCAACGCCACUAGUCAUUCUCUCUUACAUCUUCCUUUGGUUGAUUCCCUUCAGUGCAACGAGCUCUGCGGUCAGCGUGCCCUGGUUUCUAACCAUCAGCUGUCUUUUCGAGACCUUCAUGAGUUGCUACAGCGUUCCCUAUAUAACCCUCAGCAUGUAUCUGGGUGGAGAUCAACAGCACAGAGACUCGGCCACUGCUUACAGGACGAGUGUGGAGGCGUUCUCUAUGCUGAUGGCGGCUGUGAUUCAGGGUCAGGUGCUGUGGGUGUUCAACAAAGAGCGAGAUCAAGCCUGUCUGAACGCGGAGCAAACGCCGGAUCUCCCACACACAGCCCUGCAUGAAACCAGAAGAGCCUUCAUGAUUUCAGCUCUGGUCAUGAGUUCUCUCUUCUUUGUUUGCUGUAUGGUGCUGUUCCUCGGGGUCAAAGAACAAAAAGGCCCUCUCAGCACACACAUGAACAGCACAUACCUCAGUGCUAUGAAGAAGCUGAUUGGCCAUCGGUCCUUCCAGCGCCUGCUCCUCGCUUUCUUCUGCUCCACUUUAGCGUUUCAGAUGACUUUGGGGAACUUUACACUGUUUUGCUCUCAUGUUGCUGGUUUAGGAGCUCAAUUCCAGCAUCUCAUGUUGGCUAUACUGGUGGCUGCUACCGUAUCAGUGCCAGUGUGGCAGAUGAUGCUGGUGAGGCUGGGCAAGAAAACCACACUUUUUAUAGCUCUGCCUCUCCUCAUACCGGCUCUGGUGGUCCUGGUUUCCACGUCAGACAACUUUCCAGUCUACCUGUUCAUGUGUGUUGUGAUUGGAUCUAGUUUGGCUUCCCUCUUCUUGUUACCAUGGUCAAUGCUGCCAGAUGUAGUGGAUGAGUUUGCUGUCCUGAAUCCCUCCUGUGAGGGCCUGGAGCCCCUGUUUUUUUCUUGCUGGAGGUUUUUCAAUAAACUGGGAGGAGGCCUUUGUGCUGGCAUCUCCACCAUGGCACUGCACUUCACAGGAUAUAAAGCAGGGGCAUGCAGUCAACCAGAUGAAGUCAUCCUGGCACUGAAACUGCUUUUAGCCCCGAUACCAGUCACCUUUUUGCUGGUGGGUUUGUUGUUUUUCUCUCUGUACCCAAUCAAUGAAGCACGUCAGAAGCAGAUUCAGCAGCAUCUCAGACACUUAAGGAUAAACUGUGUCACGAUUCCCACUUUAGAAGAGAACACAAUUCCUCAAGUCUACAAGUCCAGUCCAAGAAUUCUCUCCAAAUCAAAAACUCGAAAAAUAUCUCAUCAUAAUGCAAACAAAUCAAGUAAAGCAAGGAGUUCCAAAUCAGCAAACUCAAUUCUUAAAUCUACAGUUUGCCCAACACCAUCACAACAACAUAAUUCAAGUCAUGAAUCGAUGUUGAGAGAAACUCACGUCACACUCGAAUAUGCGCUGAAGUGUCCAGAUGUUCCAGAUGAGAGGUCAAAGGUUACAUGGGUGUAGAUGUUUAACACUGGACAGUUCAGAAUCUUGCUGUAAUAGGAAACAAAAUAAAA